AAAAAAAAAGCUUUCGGGAGAAGCGAAAGGCAACGGCGGCAGAUGUUCAAGACGGCGGAGGAGGACGUGGUGCAUCUCACGGGGAGCUUUUGAGGGGGGCGACGCUGUUUGCAAACCCCCCCCACACUCCCCCUGCGGGAGACCGGUGACUAGCCGGCGCCGUUAGAAGAGGCGGGGCUUUGCACAAGCAGCCCCUUGUUACAAGGGAGCCGUUGCACGCUCGGCUCGCCCUGGAGGUGCAAGCAAGGCGGGCGAGUUGGGCAUAUAGCUGGCAGACCCAGCUCUUCAUGAUUUAACCCUUUCUGAAAAGGCACUUAAAGAAGGAAUGGCAGAGAAAGUGAACAACUUCCCCCCACUUCCUAAAUUUAUCCCGCUGAAGCCGUGCUUCUACCAGAACUUUGCUGAUGAAAUCCCAAUUGAUUACCAGACGCUGGUGAGACGGAUCUAUCGCUUGUGGAUGUUUUACUGCAUCACCUUGAGUGUUAACCUCAUUGCUUGUCUGGCUUGGUGGAUCGGUGGUGGAGGUGGUACCAAUUUUGGCUUGGCAAUUCUUUGGCUUAUCGUCUUCAGCCCCUGUAGUUAUGUCUGUUGGUUCCGGCCAGUCUACAAAGCCUUCCGGUCAGACAGCUCUUUUAAUUUCAUGGCGUUUUUCUUCAUUUUUGGAGCCCAGUUUAUCCUGACAGCCAUCCAGGCAAUCGGUAUCAGUGGGUGGGGAGCAUGUGGCUGGCUGGCUGCCGUAACUUUUUUUGGCACUAGUGUUGGCGCUGGUGUGAUCAUGCUCUUCCCAGCAAUUAUGUUCACCUUGUGCGCUAUUGGGAUGCUUAUAUGUCUCAUCCGGGUUCACCGGAUCUACCGUGGCGGAGGUGGAAGCUUUCAGAAAGCCCAGAACGAAUGGCAGAAUGGAUCGUGGAAAGAUCCUCCGAGCAGGGAAGCCCAGCACAGCAACUUUUCAGGAAACAGCCUUCCUGAAUAUCCAACGGUUCCCAAUUAUGGAAACCCCUGGUCCUGAUCCUGGCCUGCUGUUGGGCUGCUGAAGUAGUUUGGUUUGAGUUGUUGCAAGAAACACAUUGGGCUUCUCAUUUGAGUUUCUCUCUCUCUCUCUCUCUCUCUCUCUCUCUCUCUCUCUCCCUCUCUCUCUCUCUCCCUCCCUCCCUCCCUCCCUCCCUCUCCUUCUUUCUCUCUUUCUCUUUUUCCUUUAGGGGUGGUGCUCUUUCUUCCCCUAACCGUGGUUUUAUUUAUGGUUCUCCUUUUAUGAUGGCAGCAGCUUGUGCCAAGGCAUGACUGUUGCCCAUAAAAUUUGAUUAGUCCUAUUUUUAUUGAUAGGAAUCCCCUUUUUUUUUCCUCCCAUCUAUAUCAUUCUUGCCAACAGAUGCACAAGGAACUGGAUAAAACUGUCAUUUCUCUUGACUGCCUCGUUUUGAGAGGGCAGCCGUUCACCACCAAGAUUCCCCUGUAGAUUUUGGGAAAGUGACUUAAAACUUUUCUCGCCUUUUCCCUGUUUUUUGAGCUUGCUCAUGUGCUAAUCCCGGCUCCCUGUAUCUUUGGGGAUCCUGCAGCUCAAGAGAUUGUUGUGAAAAGAAAUGUGUGCGAGUGUGAUAGGCACAAAGAGCAGCUUGUUCAUGACGACAGCUAUUUUUUGAUGUUUGCUGCUAUCAGAGCAGGAGUUUUGUAACUGAAUCCUUCUCCCAGGAAAAUAAUUCCUGGAAAUAGAAAGUUAGCAGCAUGAUUUAUCUUCUCACUGAACUGCUAGCUUUCCGUAUUGGAGAACUGUAUUAAUUAAAGGGGGAUGAGUUCAAAUAUGGCCCCUGCUCUCCUAAAAUAGGACCCAUUUUCUGGAAGUUUCGACCUGUUAACAGGUCUUUGUUUUGCUUAUUUGUUUUGUUCAGAGUGUGUUGCUCUAUGCUCUCUUCUUCCUACCUUGCUGGCUAUUAACUUGCUUGCUAAAAUAGAAACUUUGAAGGGUGACUAUGACCUGGUCUGAGCCUGUCCCUCUUGGAAAUUCUCUCCCCCAACCCCAUAAUUAAACCACAGAACUUUUCUCAUUGCUGGUACUGACAGAUCAAAUUCUGUUCGAUUAUUCCACUUUACCUCAAAGCGGAUGGAUGAGACUGCAAAGUGUCAAGACCCACAAUCAGGCUGCAUCUACGAGUAUUUCUUUCCUCAUAUAUAUGUGUGUGUGUGUGUGUGUGUGUGUGUGUGUGUGUAAUAGCCACUGAAUGCAAGGAGAUCUUUUAUCAGUCUUUCUCAACCUCUGCAACUUUAAGAGGCGUGGACUUCAACUCUCAGAAUUGGAAUUCUGGGAGUUGAAGUCCACACCUCUUAAAAUUGCUGAGGUUAAGAAGUAUUGCUUUGGCUGGGCCAGUUCGACAUUUCAGCAGUUCUCAUCUAUCUCUUCCACAACUUUCCAACGAUCUUGGGUCUCCUAUGGCUUUGGGGCACCCUGAUCAGUCAGUGCUCUUCUUCUCCUCACCUGUGUGAGUCUAAUUCUAGCAUCCUGGGAGGUAAAAUCCUCCCCAGAACUUGAGCCAAUUCCUUCUCCAAGGAUGCUUUUUGGAAGGUACCAGUUAUUGUGCUACCUCGGGCAGUCUUGUCCAAUCUGAUCCAACACACUGGGGCAGCAGCACCUUAGCUAUGCUGGUGAGGGAUUUCAUGGUUUAUGCUCCCCAUAUAUCUGGAAGCGGUCAGAUGUGGCUAGGCUGCCUCAAAGCAUUCAGACUCCCAAAUCUUGGGUGCAGUCUUAAGGAUAGCUGUUAAGUCAUCUGGACCUUAACCCUCUCGUCCAGCAAUUAGUUGCCUUUUCAAGCCAUUGCUUUUAUAUUUGCUUUCUGAGGAGCAGGCUUGUCCUAGGUUUCUCCCCCCCCCCUUUCUUCUUUACAAAAUACAUUACGUUUUGGGAAAACGAUGUGGGUUUAUCCAAAAAAUGUGAAAAAGCACCUCCGGACAGAAUGGAGACCAGGGAUAGGACCGAGAAGCGGGUUGUAAUAUGUGCCUUAUCCAAUUUUACCUGCUCUGGUUUGUUUCUCUCCCCCCAAAUCCCAGCUUUUUUUUUUUUUUUUUUUUGCAUAUUUAGUGAUCCUGGGAGGAUUCCCUCCUGGUUCAUUGGGAAACUGCCUGUUUUGUAAAUACAAGGGCCAAAUUCUCCCCCUCAAGUGAGCCAAAGAAAAUGAAAACUCUCAAUGCUAGAGGCCAAAAAUCUCCCCUGGCCUUUCUUUGGGAAUAGAUUUGUGAAAAUGAGCCUCUCUUUCUUUCUCUCUCUCUCUCUCUCUCUCUCUCUCUCUCUCUCUCUCUCUCUCUCCUUGUGAGAUUUCUUGAUACAUUCCAAAUGUGGGCUUUGAAAAAAAACAAAAACAAAAAACGGUACCUGCCAUUUUAAAACGCAUUACACUUGUUCCAAAGUGCCAGAGAACCGCCGCUUUAAAAUUGCCUUGCUGACAUCAUGGCCAUUGCAUUGCAUGAGCUUUACUUCCUUUGCUUUUGCCUUAAUUGCUUAAAAAAAAAAUCAGGGGGGGGGAUUGCUGCCUAGCUAAUAGCUGCCCUUGCAGGGUCCCUGUUAUAGGCAUGCCCCAUCUCCAUUUCCUCAGAGGAACCCCCUGCUAAACAUUUCCUCAGUACCACCAGUUGCUUUUUUUUUUUUUUUACCCUGCACUUUUGGACUUCCCAGUUUGGCUGCUGGGAAGAGAAAUGAGCUGACUGGUUCUUGAAACUCAGGAUACCCAGGCAGGCAGCUCCUGGGUACUAGGCUGCCUUAAAAGCAUCUCGGUGGACUCCUCAGAUGGAUGGCCGUUUUCUCAAAAAAGCAGCGCGAAGUGGGACCAGACUUCUUGCCAAAUUGCAGAGGGGUUCUGUUCCUUCUGGAGGAGUCUCAGUCAGCAAAGACCCCUCAAGUUCUCCUUUAACGCCGGUUAAAUAACAGCAGCAGCAGCAGCAAAUGUUGUUCCUGUUGAGUUAUUUUGCAGAAGGGGGAGUGGGCUUGUAGUGCAGGCCAGCUGUUCUCUGGAUACCAAGCGGGAAUUCUAAUACUAGAGAAGGAAAUGCCCGAGAUGAGAUCUGCAAAAUCAAAUUAUCCAAGCCGAAAACUGUGGUCUUGGCAAACAUUUGGGUGAGGGUAUCUCCCGGGAAUUCACUCGUUUCUGUACCAUGGCUCUGCCCACUCCAGGAACCCCGCCAACCAUCAUCUCCUGCUGCAGUUUUUGUUCUGGCGCUCUUAGCUCUCUUCCUCAAAUCACGCUGUCCUUCAGAACAACGUUUUGAGAACUGAAUCGCUUGCCAAUGUAUCAUGUCCGCCAUUGUCUUAAUAUAAUGUACUUAUAACACUUAAUUUUUUUGUAAAUGUUUACAUUAUUCCCAAGGGAACUAAUAACAUGGGUUUGGGUCAAGAGAUGGAUGUUGUGGAGAAUUAACUCUACUAUUCUUAUUCUGCAUCAUGUUGUAGAUUAUUUGUUUGCAUUGUGAUGUGGUGUGGUGUUAAUUCAUUCAGGGUUUUUUUUUUCCCCCUUUAAAAAUAAAUGAAGCUUGGCUACUGGAA